AUGGAUGUCUCCGCUGCCCCCGUCAUCUCCGAUGUCUCCGCUGCCCCCGUCAUCUCCGAUUUCUCCGCUGCCCCCGUCAUCUCCGAUGUCUCCGCUGCCCCCGUCAUCUCCGAUGUCUCCGCUGCCCCCGUCAUCUCCGAUGUCUCCGCUGCCCCCGUCAUCUCCGAUGUCUCCGCUGCCCCCGUCAUCUCCGAUGUCUCCGCUGCCCCCGUCAUCUCCGAUGUCUCCGCUGCCCCCGUCAUCUCCGAUGUCUCCGCUGUGUCACACCUCGAAGAUUCUCGAGUGGACCUUCAAGCGCAGUUCAAUAAGAACUCACGUUGGAUUUCUCUACUAAGAGGGAAAGCGGUGAAACAGAAGGAGAUCUAA